ACAAUUCCUUUCCGCCUUUUAGAGCCUCACCUUUCCCCCUGCCUCUUCGGCGCCAGGAGAAGUUGAGAUUACUCCAAACUUGAUACUUAUGGAGUAUUUGGGAGGCUCAAGUCACCGGUGGCCCUUUAAGCCCUGUCCAGUGGGGCCUUUAGAGCCUCUCCCAGGGAUCCAUCAGCUGCUUUGUGAUGAUCAAUACUUUUUGGGCCUGCCAGCGCUGACAAGGCUGUCCGCCGUCUCAUUCGUUGCAUAUGUCCCAGAAAACCAGAUGUGUCGGUAGCACCGUCCCUUCACAUCUCACCCAGGCGUACCGCGACCGCUCACACGCAGACACAAGACACGCGAACGGGCGAUCUUUAGGGCCUGAAUAUCCCGGUCGACUCUUAGAGAAUCAUGACUCUGACUCUGGUAACGUGGUCGCCGAUUCUCUCUUUUUUGUUUCCCAAUUGUCUGUCACUCCAGUCCUGUAGCUUGCUGUAGCGCACCAUCAUGAAGUCUUCGUUGCUUUGCGCCGCCGUUUCCGUGCUGUCCUGGACGGCCGCCGCAUUUUCCUUCAACGCCUAUGACCUGGGUUUCCAUGGCUUAUACCCCCGCAAGCAUUUUCAUUCUGUUGAUUUCGAGGCACCGGCACCAAAAAUCACACAAUGGGAUUCCCGGUGCGAUUAUGGGAACCUCUUCUUCACGCCCAGAGGCCCGUGGGUGCAAGGGGCGGCACGUGGUCCCAUCAUAACGGACCCCCGAGGUAACUUGGUCUGGAUGGACAACCACAGGUUUGAACAGGCCAUGAACUUCAACGUCCAAAAGUACAGGGGGCAGGACUACUUGACCUUUUGGACCAAACACAGAAAGACCAAGCACGGGAAGCCGGCAAAACACUCCAAGAAAUCAUACGUUAUGCUCAACUCUUCUUACGAGGUUGCCUACCGGAUACACCCGCACGGCAAGAAGCUGAAGGGUGACUCGCACGAGUUCCGCAUCACGCCGCAAGGCACCGCGCUCAUCACCAUCUACCACAAGCACCAGGCGGACUGCACGGACCUGAAGCUGGGGAAGAGCUGCUGGAUUCAGGACGGCAUGUUCCAGGAGAUCGACAUCGAGACGGGGAAGCUGCUGUUCGAGUGGCGGGCCACCGACCACAUCGGUAUGACCGACGUCUUCAGCAGCCCCAACAUGAAGGAUGGGCAUGGAAAAUCCAAGGCCGACGCCUUUGACUUCUUCCACAUCAACAGCGUCGACAAGACGGACUCGGGAGACUAUGUCAUCUCGGCCCGCUACAUGCACGCCGUGGUCUGCAUCAGCGGCAAGACGGGCGAGGUCAUCUGGCAACUGGGAGGGAAGAACAACGAUUUUCGGGACCUCAACCACGCGUUGGACUUCGCCUGGCAGCACCACGUCACCUGGCAGGGAAACAACACGCUGUCCAUCUUCGACAACCACGCCAACAACGUCUUCCACAGCCCCUCGAGCCACAGCAAGGGCAUGAUCAUCAAGCUCGACCUGGAAAAGAUGACGGCCACCCUGGUCGGCAAGUACGUCCACCCGGACAAGAUCCUGAACGUGUCCCAGGGGUCGGUGCAGGUCGUCAACGAGACGGGGACGGUGCUCGUGGGCUUCGGCAACUCGCCGACCUACGUCGAGUACUCGCCCGAGGGCAAGGUGCUGUGCGCGGCGCACUUUGCACCCCACAUCGCCUUCGAGAUCAUCGACUUUGGCCUGGUCAAGUCGUACCGCAUAUUCAAACACCCGUGGGUCGGGAAGCCCAAGACAAACCCGGCCGUCAAGGUCAAGUCUGGAAAGGCGUAUGUGAGUUGGAACGGUGCGACAGAGGUAUCGUCAUGGCGACUUGAGAAGGCAGCUCAUGGUGGCGGCGCCGGGGCCAAAGGUGGUGACGAUGCCGAGUUCGUGACCAUCGAAGAGGCCAGACGUGACGGCUUCGAAACCAGUUUCAAUCUCGACAAAAUCCAUGGACACGUUAGGAUCGCAGCCCUGGAUGGUGCGAGAGGUGUCAUGGCGUAUUCGGCCGUGGUCAAGACACCAUCACCAUCACAUACCCUCCUAUGGUCAAGCUUUAUCCUCGUCUUAUGCUUCAUGGGCUUGGCCGUUUUGUACCGAAGAAGACGACAGAUUCCGCAUAUCUCUAUCCCCAACCUAAAGCUGCUUGAUUUCAAGCAUCGGCUCCACUCCAUCACGAUCAAGAAACAGGCCGUCGCUCUGGAUGAUUUGGAGACUGAAUCGUCACCUUUGUUAUUGGCAGAAAGAGAGCCAGAGCCAUGAAGCGAACGGUGUCAAAAUCUUUUGUCUUUUUUGCUUGUUUCAUCCAACAGCUUUCUUCCGCUCAAGGGGCUUUUUUUCAAACAUACUUGCAUAAUAAACGGCGUCUGGGGACAUUUGUCGACAUGAUCAAUCAUGGGUAGUUGACUUGAGAGAUUUUACUCAUUCAUAUAUCGAGUCCGAACGGAAUCGUGUCGAGAAGAGUGAGGGAAAGCAACGUCUUACCGAACAUGGUACUCAAAGACCUAUCGAGCCAUGAUGUAUGACCACCAGGAAAUCCAGUUGUAAUACGUACAGCUGGUCCCUCUGCUGGCUAUGACUUUCUCAAAGGAUGCCGUGGUGUUGGCUCUUGCCACCAAAAAAAAGUGACUGUACAAUUAAUAACGGAGUAGGGGGCAUAACGACUAUUGCACUCUUAAUAUGAUCAAUCUUAUGAGGUAGUCACCUGUCUCCUGGUUUUCAACAGCCUUGCAUAAUCAUAUCAGAUCAGAUCAGAUUCGAGGGGAUUCUGAGUGAAGAAAGUCUCUGUGCAGAGUUGAAGGGGACGAGAUGGAGGCCGCGUGGCGAUGGUGAGAUAGUAUUAGUCAGUAAUGAUUAAGCUGCUACCCG